AUGGCUGGAACUGGACGACUGCCGGGACUGAAUCAGGGAGCAGCCAAACCAGGGCUGAAAUUUAAGCCCAAAGCGCUGGCUAGAAGGUCGAAAGAAGAGCGUGAAAAGGCGAUCCCAAAAACUGCCACUGAAGAAGUGGCUAACAGCUACAAUAACAAGAAGAAAUACAGCAAGCGGGACCAGGGGAACCGGCAAAAACGGGUGCCCAAGUAUUUGUUAAACACUAGGGUCGUAGGAGCCGGUUUCGGGGCGGAAAACUUUGCAGGCGGCGGGCUGAAUGCCAGAACAGGAUUCAUCAAGAGCGAGGGCGGGCCUGCAGGCCACCCAGAUCUCAUGCAGCUUGGAAUGAAGCAGAUGAAUGGCGGUGUCAAGGGCUUGGACGACGAGGAGGACUCGGACGGUGGAGACGGACACACCAGAAUCAACAUGGGACGCGAGUACCGCUCCAACGAGGUUUUCUCGUCCGACGACGAAAAACUCGACACACCAACCAACGAGGCUGGUGAGAUAGACGAAGAGGCGCUGCGCUCCAAGCGACUAGCACAUUUUUUCCCUGUCAGGGCCGUCAGAGUGCGCCACGAGGACAUGGAUGUCGUGCAGAAGGAACUGAAGGACUCGCUAUCCGACAACACCACACGCGAGCCCACGCCAGGUACCGCUUUAAAACAGGAGGAAAGUGGUCUACCUAACGUUCUGCAGCAGCGUGACUUUGACCUCCAGGACAAACUCAACGCGUUGCAGUUGCAGAACGAAUUUGCAUCGGUCGAUUCACAAGAAGGCUUAGACGAAGUUAAGCGUCUCAAUCAGGACUAUGUGCAUAUUGUAAAAAAACUCUCCAAGAUCAACGACCAGCCUGGAAAAUUCAUGUUUUUCCAAUUGCCAGCUGUGCUCCCAGAUUUUGAAACCCCUCCAGCCCCAGCAGAGGAACCUUCUCAUGCCACAGAAGCUGCCAAGGCUGUAGAAACAACUGAUGAAGCAGAAGCGAAGAUAGAGGCCGAUUCUACGGUAAAAACAGAUGAUUCUCAGAAUACCGAUUCGAAGGAACAAGCACCAGUCGCCGAAGCGCCCGCUACUGAAGCACCCAAAGACAAGAAACUCAAUGGCAAGAAAGAAGCUGUGUCACAGGAUGAUAAACCACUAGCGGGCAACAUCGGGUCCCUAAGAGUCCAUAAGUCUGGCAGACUUUCCGUAAAGAUUGGUAACGUCAUUAUGGAUAUCAAUAGAGGCGCCGAAAACACAUUCAUGCAAGAAGUUGUGGCUCUCGACGAGCGCGCCGAAGAGAGAACUGUAGAGCUUCUGGGUCAAAUAAUGGGCAAGGCGGUGGUGACACCAAAAUUUUGA